UCAUUGUAAUCUAAUUAAAAUAAAAUUCAAAAGGGCUCUUCAGAUCAUGACUCACUAAUCAGUGUUUGUAAAUAUUAGUGUACUUUGAAUCUGGAAGAAGAUUAUUCUCAUUCUCAACCCCAGCUGGAAAGCAUUGAUUCCUUUUAACCGCUGCAAAAGAUUAAGACUAGAUGAAUUUGGAUUUAAGGUUUGAAGAGAAGGAAUAUUGAAUCCAAAAGUCAUUAAGACAAAGAAUACUUUUCUUGUUAGCGGUUCCAUGCAAAGCAUAUCUCUCAUCAAUUUUUGAGGCUUAGCUUCUCCUUCAGAUAAACGCAGUCUUCAUGCAUAACCCAGACACUUUCUCUGUGGUUCAUAGUCUGCAACAACAACAAAAAUGGAUGCUUUGAUCAAGCAAGUCAGGGAGAAGCUUUUGAAUGUGGGACAAGAAAAUAAUACAAGCUGCCCCAAAACACAACUCCAGAAAACUCAAUCUUUCAGAGGAGAAAAGAAGAAAGCUCAAAACUGGUUGCAGAGACUGUUCUCCAGGCAAUUGAGUCAUGAUUAUGAUCCCAACGUCCAAAUAGAGCAUGCAGCUGCGGUGGCUGCAACCGCCUACGCUAUUAAGUCUAUGGAAGAAUCAGGCAUCCCAGAACAGAAAAAGAAGAGUGAGGGUCUUUUUCCAUUUCUUACCAAGCUCAGAAGCAAAAAAGAAGAUGCUACAAUCCCAGUACAGGAAAUAACUGAUGAGAGCCCUCAGCUUCAGCCAUCUUUCACCAGACUUAGAAGCAAAAAAGAAGAUGCUACAAUCCCAGUACAGGAAAUAACUGAUGAGAGCCCGCAGCUUCAGCCAUCUUUCACUAGACUUAGAAGCAAAAAGGAAGAUACGCCUGGAAGCGGAUCCAAACAGUUCUCAGCACCAGGAGAAAAUGCAAUGAUGAAUUCAGGAGGUCUAGUUGAAGAAAUUGAUGCCGUAGAGGAGAAGUCACCUGAGAAACCCAUCAGGUCACCUCCAUUCGCACCAGCGGCAAUCAAAAGACAGAGUUCAGUAAAACUUGAAGCAGAUGAAACAGAAGCAGAUGCCAGGGAGAAAUCUGAGAUGGACAAGAUCAAAGAAAGGUAUGAGAAGUUAGAAAAGACAAUACAUUCCUGGGAAGAGAAAAAGAAGAAGAAAGCCAGAAGCAAACUUGAUAGAGUAGAGAGACAUAUGGCGGAACGAAGAUUAAAAGCCUUGACAAAUUUCCACAGUGAAAUGGAAUCUAUCGCUCAGAUUGCGGGAGGAGCAAGAGCACAAGCAAGGAAAAGGCGACAAAAUGAAGAAAUGAAGGCAAAAGAGAAGGCUAAUAUAAUCAGAACUACGGCGAAAACUCCUGCAUCAUGCUUCCGCUUCUGCUUCUGAACUCAUCAAUAAACUUGGCUCUCUUUUAUAACUACUCCACAAUGCCAAUUUUUAUUCCGGUUACAAUGUGAAGAAUGAAAUCUGAACCUUGUAUUAAUUAAUUUCAAAUAGAAUUGCCUUGUCAUAA